AUGGUCCUCUCCUUCAUCCUAAUCCAAAACCGCCAAGGCAAAACCCGCCUAGCAAAAUGGUACAAUCCCUACACCGACGACGAGAAAAUCCGGCUCAAAGGCGAAGUCCACCGACUCGUCGCGCCCCGCGACCAAAAACACCAAUCCAACUUCGUCGAGUUCCGGGGGUCCUCGAAAGUCGUCUACCGGCGCUACGCGGGGCUGUUCUUCUGCGCGUGCGUGGACGCGAAUGAUAACGAGCUGGCGUAUUUGGAGGCGAUACAUUUUUUCGUCGAGGUGCUGGAUCAGUUCUUCGGGAAUGUUUGUGAGUUGGAUUUGGUGUUUAAUUUUUACAAGGUGUAUGCGAUUCUGGACGAGGUGUUUUUGGCGGGCGAGAUACAGGAGACGAGUAAGCAGGUGGUGCUUACGCGGUUGGAGCAUUUGGAUAAGCUUGACAGCAACAAGACCGACAGGAGCCAGCCGAGCUUCUCGUCGAUAUGGAAAGACAGUCGUCCGGAGGUCGAUGAAGAAGGUUCAGAUGAGGACCGCCAUCUGCUCACCGGGAAGCUGAUGAAAGUCAUCGAGGGCGACGCAGAGGCCGAGAGGAUGUGGAAGAUGUGUCCGAGCACGUUCCCUCGCGGGCCUGAGGGCAACAGUGAGGAGGUGAAGCUGUUCAAUCGGCAGAGACGGGGCGUGUGA